UGCCUGUCCUUGCCCUGCCUGGUGCCCUGCAUUUCUUAAAAAUGCUCUGCCAGCUUUUCAGCGUUUUUAGUUCAAGUUCCACACAAGGCACAGUUUUAGCUUGGCCAUCAGGGGAGACACAGGGAAGGCACAGGGAAGGUACACAGACGGAGAGAGAUAGGAAAAUAGGGAUAAAAGAGCUUAAACUGGUCGAUUUCUUUGCCACAAGCACAGGGCCCUUAAAGAUCUGGUAGCUGUCUUGACUUCCAUGAUGUCAACAACAAGAGGACGCGCAGAACGGCAGGGUGGUAACACCAGUCUGAAUCUGAACCACUAUGCCACUAAGAAGACGGUGGCAGGGAGCAUGUUAGAUGUGGCCCUGCUGAUGGCCAACGCUGCCCAGCUGAAGGCCGUCCUGGAACAGGGGCCAGACUUCAGGUACUACGUCACCGUCGUGGUCCUCAUCGGGUCUUCCCUGCUCUUCCAGGUGCUGGCUGGGGUACUGUUUGUCGCCAUGGCACGUAAGGACCUGAACGACGUAGCCAACCAGAGGAAGCUGGACAUCAUGAACAACGUGGCCACCGGCCUUGUCUUCAUCACCGCCAUCAUCAACAUCUUCAUCACCGCAUUUGGAGUGCAGAAAACUGGCCUGUACCCCAAAACCUAGACUGAAGACUGGCCUGUACCCCAAAACCUAUACAGUAGACUGACCUGUACCCCAAAACCUAGACAGAAGACUGGCCUGUACCCCAAAACCUAGACAGAAUACUGACCUGUACCCCAAAACCUAGACUGAAGACUGGCCUGUACCCCAAAACCUAGACUGAAGACUGGCCUGUACCCCAAAACCUAGACAGAAUACUGACCUGUACCCCAAAACCUAUACAGUAGACUGGCCUGUACCCCAAAACCUAUACAGUAGACUGACCUGUACCCCAAAACCUAGACAGAAUACUGACCUGUACCCCAAAACCUAGACUGAAGACUGCCCUGUACCCCAAAACCUAGACUGAAGACUGGCCUGUACCCCAAAACCUAGACAGAAUACUGACCUGUACCCCAAAACCUAGACUGAAGACUGGCCUGUACCCCAAAACCUAGACUGAAGACUGGCCUGUACCCCAAAACCUAUACAGUAGACUGACCUGUACCCCAAAACCUAGACUGAAGACUGGCCUGUACCCCAAAACCUAUACAGUAGACUGACCUGUACCCCAAAACCUAUACAGUAGACUGAACUGCACCCCAAAACCUAGACAGAAGACUGAACUGCACCCCAAAACCUAGACAGAAUACUGACCUGUACCCCAAAACCUAUACAGUAGACUGACCUGUACCCCAAAACCUAUACAGUAGACUGACCAAUACCCCAAAACCUAGACAGAAUACUGACCUGUACCCCAAAACCUAAAGUGAUAUACUUCAGUGAUAUAUCUUUUAAAACAUGGCAAUACGGGUUUACUAUCGUUUUCUAUUGUAACUUUUUUUAUCAGAAGAGAUUUGUAAAAGGAAGAUAUUAAUAAUUGUAAAUGUCAAAAAGUAGAAUUGUCUUAUUCUAAUGUGUAUGGCUCAGAAAUCAAAUUAAAGACAAGUGUUUGGGCUACAGAUCAGUCUCUGUAGACAAACGGGUUGCCUCCCACAAUUUAACAAUGUUCAAGCAUGUCCUUGGUCUGGGAUUUCCAAGAAUGGCUACAGACCAAUGGGUCUUCUGAUAAUAUAAGGGUCUUCAGAUAAUAUAAGGGUCUUCAGAUAGGGGAAAGAUAAUAUAAGGGGAAACAGUGACUACUAGUGGUCUUUAUUUGACUAAUAAAGAAGGAUACUCACUGUGUCCAAAGUGUGUCUCUAAUGCAAUAAAGUCCAUACAACAA